AUGGGGGGAGGAAUGGAGGCAAAUAAGAACAGGUGGAUAGAAGAGUGGGGCACAGCAAGGGAGAACCUUGAGCACAACUUCAGGUGGACCCGCCGCAACUUUGCCCUUGUUGGCCUCUUCGGCAUAGCUCUGCCAGUCCUUGUCUACAAAGGCAUCGUCAAAGAAUUUGAAAGCAAAAAGGAGAAAGAACAAGAGAAAUCUAAAGCUCUUGAAACAAAGGAAAAGGAUGAUAAUAAGGUGAAGUUAUUUUCGAGCAAUCUAAGGAGGACGGGUAAAAGUGUUGGAGGGAGUGGUUGGAGUGCUUUUGGAAAAUUGCUGGAUGAUUCUAUUAAAGGUGGAAACCAUGCUUUACUGUUGGAUAACAAAAAUUGGGGAUGGGUGGAUGUAGUUGAGGGCCUUCCAUUCCAUUUGUGGCAUCGCGAUGUUUUUAAGAGGAUCAGUGAUUGUUGUGGUGGUGUCAUUGAGGUUGAUCGUUAUAAUGACAAUCGCGAAAAUUUGCUCUGGGCUAGAAUUUGGGAUCCAUAA